AUGGUUAGCGGCUUCGGCCAAGCUCAGAUGCUGGCCUUUGUGCCUUACGACUUCAAGUCCAAGAACGAGGACUACGCUCGAUAUUCCUUCAAGCUAGAGAACAUAGCGCCUGGUGGCGCCCGAUCGCGCGUGGGGAUCAUCACCUGCUGCGACGCGCGGUGUAGUCCAGACCAUUUCUUCCAGCUGGACGAGAAUGAGGUCUUCGUCAUCCAAAACGGAGGCCGGAGGACUGCCAGCGACGACGUUGUGAGGACGCUUGCGGGUCUCGAGAUUGCAACCGAGAUACGGGAGUUGAGAGCGAUUCAUCAUACAGGAUGUGGCGGUCUCAAGUACGCCGACGAGUGGAUUAAGCGACGAUAA